AUGGAAAAUUUGGAGGAAGAUGUAAAGUUUAUUGUGGAUGAAACCUUGGAUUUUGGAGGCCUUUCACCAUCUGACAGUCGUGAGGAGGAAGACGUAGCAGUAUCGGCGACUCCUGAGAAACCUCUCCGACGGGGCCUCUCUCACCGAAGUGACCCAAAUGCAGUAGCCCCCACCUUGCAGGGUCCAAGGCUCAGCCUAGGCCCCCUCAGCCCAGAGAAGCUGGAGGAGAUCCUCCAUGAGGCCAACCGACUGGCAGCUCAACUGGAGCAGUGUGCCCUGCAGGACCGGGAUGGUGUCAGUGAAAGCCCAAGGCCUCGCCAGGUGAAGCCCAGCCCUCGACGAGAGACCUUUGUAUUGAAGGACAGUCCUGUCCGAGACCUGCUACCCACUGUGAGCUCCUUGGCUCGGAGUACUCCUUCUCCAGGCAGCCUGACACCUCGCCUCCGGAGCAGUGAUAGAAAAGUGUCUGUUAAGGCUCUUCGGACGACAUCUGGAAAAAGACUCACCAGUGUGAAGAGGGAAUCACCCACUUGCAAUCUGUUUCCUGCAUCAAAAAGCCCAACAUCUUCUCCCUUUGCCCGAUCAACCCCACCAACCCCUACAAUCCAGGGCAAAACUGGGCCCAAUGGGAGAGCUAUAGCAGGUGAGAGUAUCUGGGCAGGGAAGCUGUGGAGCUGCUGGUCGAAUGCCACUCUCCAGCCGGAGUGCCCUUCCCUGCAAAGGUGGCUUGCCUCCAGAUUCUCUGUCAAGUCGGAAAGGGCUUCCAAGGCCAAAUGCUGCAGGGCACAGAGCUGCCACCUGUGCCACUCAGAGCCACCUGCAGCCCUCCAGGAAAGCUGCAGCCCCAGGGCCUACCAGGUAGAGAGAUCUGGACAGAAAACAGAACUUCAGAAGCCAGCCAACCACUACAGUCACCACCCGGACCUGCCUGUCGCCGGCCUCUCACUGGAGGCAGGUCCUCACUCCAGCAGAUUCUCGCCCAGGGACAAGAGGAAGAGAGCUGCUGGGACUGGUCUCCCCUUCCCCCUUACCUAG